AUGAAUAAACUAACUUUAACUCGUCAGCUCUCUACAGCACGUACAUUAUUGCAAUCUAGAAUAUUCAAUCCAUCUUCUGGAAAUGAAAAUAAUAAAACUAACUUCAAUACAAUAACUAAGCGUGUAGACAGAGGUCUAGUAAAACAUUUCGAAGUAGGUCAGCUCUAUGAACCAUUUGAUUUAUCUAUGGCCCGUAUCAGAUUAGAUCGUAAAAACGCUGCAGUUAAUUCUGCAAAUAGAAGGAAGAACAAUUCGUCUCAUAAUGGAAUCCAUAUGACAGAUUUAUAUACACAUCCAGAGCAAUUAUCAAAAUAUUUGUCUACUACAGGACAAAUACUUUCAAGAGAAGUCACUGGUCUUUCGGAGCGUGAUCAGAAGCGUUUAGCAAAGGCAAUUAGACGCGCUCAAAGUAUAGGUUUGCUAUCUAAAGUUCACCGUGAUAUUACCUUUUUACCAUCUAAGAAUGUAUCUCAUUUCUAG